CUUCAUCCGAGAAGUGCCUCUUGAGAUUUGCAGCAUUGUCCAAGUCCUACCACAAGUAAUCCCCCGUCCGAGAGUCCUUUUCGCCUUCCCUGCAUUGAGCCGGCAAUUUCCGCUCACAAGCGACAAACUUUUUCGAAGCCUUGCGGAGAAUCAGGCCCACGUGCCCCAAGCAAAUCUUUCGGGUCUCAUACCUCGCUCACUUUACCCUCGACCGUGAUCUGGCGUUGGAGGUUUUCAUCAGGACGGCGACUACCAAUAUUAUCAGUAUCUGACGAUUACUACUCCGCAGUUAGCAGGCUCGAUGGUUGAAGGAAAGUCGGAACUCCAGCUAAAGAAUGCUCUGGCCAACAGCCCGUCACCUUAUGUGCGGGCGCACAAGGACAAUCCAGUAGCCUGGCAGGAAUGGUCAGAGGAAACAAUCGCUCUGGCAAAAAGGCACCAACGCUUAAUCUUCCUCAGUAUUGGUUACAACGCGUGCCAUUGGUGCCAUGUCAUGGAACGAGAAUCGUUCAGCUCUCCUGAAGUCGCUGACAUACUCAACAAUUCAUUUAUCCCGAUCAAACUUGAUAGAGAGUCACGGCCCGAUCUGGACGAUAUCUAUAUGAGUUAUGUCACCGCAACCACGGGCUCGGGUGGCUGGCCGUUGAACGUCUUUCUCACGCCCGAUCUGAAACCCGUCUUUGGGGGCACAUACUGGCCUGGGCCUUCUCCGUCGACAGAUUUCAAACGAGCCGCGCCAGGCGACGAUGCGCCGGUCACAUUCGUCGAUAUUUUGCACAAAAUGCAAGAUGUAUGGACGACCCAGCGCGAGAAAUGCAUGCAAACCUCGGCGGACAUCACAAAUCAACUCCUCGCUUUCGCUGCUGAAGGCAUACACUCUCACUCAAGUGUCCAGAUUCGCGAGACCGAAUCAGAUCCUCCGGAACCAUUAGAUUUGGACCUCCUAGACGAUGCCCUUGAGCACUUCAUAUCCCGUUACGACGCCGCUCACGGGGGGUUCACCGCAUCUGUAAACGCCCCGAAAUUUCCUACUCCAUCCAACCUCACAUUCUUGCUGCGCAUUGGCGCUGCCAUCGCUCAACCCUCCACGCACACCCGUUUCGGCUUCUUCAGCCCAGUUCCCGGCAUACUGGGACAGUCUUCCUGCCUCAAAGCCGCAUCAAUGUCACUACACACCCUCCUCGCCAUCUCCCGCUCUGGGCUGCGCGACCACCUGGCCUAUGGCUUUCAUCGAUACAGCGUCACUCCCGAUUGGAAUCUGCCACAUUUCGAAAAGAUGAUGUACGACAACGCGCAACUCCUCGGCUGCUACUGUGACGCUUGGGCGCUCGGUCGCGACCCAGAGAUCCUCGGCACCAUCUACAACCUGGUUGAGUACUUCACCAAUCCCGACUCACCAAUCGUCGCACCCCAGGGCGGUUGGUACUCCAGCGAAGACGCCGACUCGCGCCCGACAGUGUCCAAACUCGCCAAUGGUGCACCGGCCUCCGACGACAAGAAGGAAGGCGCCUACUAUGUCUGGACAUAUAAAGAACUUCAAACUGUCCUUGGCGAGCGCGAUGCUUCCAUCGUGGCACGCCAUUUCGGCGUCAAGCCCGACGGUAACGUGCCGGCCGAGCACGACAUGCACGACGAGUUCCUCACGCAGAAUGUGCUGCACAUCGAAGCCACGCCAUCGGUGCUGUCCAAGGAAUUCGGCCUCUCCGAGGAUGAGAUCGUACGCGUCAUAAAAUCUGGCCGGUCCAAGCUCCUCGAGCACCGCAAGACGAAGCGUGAGCCGCCCAAUGUCGACACCAAGAUCCUCGCAUCAUGGAAUGGCCUUGCCAUCGCGGCGCUCGCCCGUGCUGCAAACACUCUGGCCACAAUCGACAAGACCCGCUCCCGUGCGUGCCAGGAGGCGGCCGAAAAGGCGGCUACAUUUAUCCGAAAAGAGAUGUACAACGAAAAGAGCGGUAAACUGUAUCGGCUUCCUGGCUCAAAGACCGCCUUCGUUGAUGACUACGCAUACAUGAUCCUGGCGCUCCUGGCGCUGUUCGAUCUCACGCUUGCGCAGCCGUACCUCGACUGGGCGGUCCAACUUCAGAAGUAUCUAGACGGGCACUUCUCCUCGAGUACGGGCGGAUAUUUCCAGGCCGAAGAAUCCUCUGAGCAGAUCAUCAGGCUCAAACCAGGCACAGACAAUGCAAUGCCCUCAGCAAAUGGGAUCAUCUGUACUAAUCUACUUUACCUGGAUUCGUAUUGCAACGACAGCGCUACUCUGAAGGAGAAGCGUGACUAUCUAGGCAAAGCCCGCGCCGUUCUGGAUGCUUUCGCUGUGGAGAUCAUCCAGCAUCCCUUCCUGUACGUCAGUCUGCUCUCGGCUGUGGUGAUGGAGCAAGUUGGCGUGAAGACGCUGAUCGCGCCGAUGCCAAUGCGUGAUAGUCAGCUACGGCGACUGAAAGGCUGGGGACGCACCGUGGUCAAGGGCCUCGUGCCGGAGGUCAUGAUCUGUACCAGGGACGGUGUGUGCAGGCCCCUCAAGCAGAGUGAUUUGGAGGAUGUGGAUGAUGAUAAUGCCGAGGAUCGUGGGACCGGCAAGGGCAAGUCGGUUGUCGGUGCGGCGGACAGUUAAUGGGAUAUGGUUCGGCUUGCGUUUGCACUGUGGCAUGCUAUGGGCAGUAUGGGUUUAUACUUUAACUUAGGUCUCAACGACGGGUGACAUGGUGUCACAGGGUAUAGUGAUGAUGUUACAUAGGCUAGAUACGAACGGAGGGGACAUUCAGCUGAAUCGAUACGGAGCGACUCAGUGCACACUGCGAAGCUGUCAAACGCGUAUAGUCCCA